UUUAAGGUGCAGAUGUUCCACAACGGAAUCGGUCUUGCAUGCAGCAGUAGCAUCGUUUGAAGACAAGAUAAAAUAUGAUGACCUUGAAUAUGGCGAUGCUUUUCUUGAUAUAUUCUUGGUCAGGUGCAUCUUUUGUCCAGUCUGCCCGUAACACAGAGAAUCAGUUAAUGCAGAAACUUCUAAAAGACUACGAUCCCAGCACACGCCCAGUGAAAAACAUAUCACAAGCUGUUGAUGUUAGAGUUGGUAUAAAUCUACAGCAGAUUAUUGAAGUGGAUUUCAAGCACGAAAUGCUGACACUGUUGGUAUGGAUAAAAAUGUUCUGGAAGGACGARUUCAUAAACUGGAAGCCUGAGGACUUYGGUGGCAUUAACUCCAUAGUAAUCCGUCGUCAAAAAAUCUGGGUUCCAGAUAUUACUCUAUACAAUAGUGUGUUGCUAAAGCCUGGAGAUAUCAAACUCAACUUGCUUGACGAUUUGAUAGCCACACACACCGGUGUCGUCAAGUGGAACUCACCUAUUAUAAUAUCAUCAACAUGCAAAAUGAAUGUACAUUCGUUUCCAUUUGACAAGCAGCGGUGUCAUCUUGAGUUUGCGUCUUGGGUCCUCGAUGGUGGCAAGAUCGAUAUUCAUCUACUUAACACUUAUGUGGCAAACGAAAGCUACGCCCAAAACGAGGAGUGGACGUUUUACAAUAGUAAAGCAGAGAGAAAAGUAAAGAAAUACAAAUGCUGCCCGGACCCUUGGCCAAGUGCUGUGUUUACACUGUUUAUCAAACGACGUCCAAACUUUUUCAUAMUCAAUGUUGUUCUCCCGUGUGCACUAAUUACGGCUAUCACUACAUUUUCGUUUAUUUUGCCACCCAGCUCAGGAGAAAGAGUGUCUUUUAUAAUGACCGUAUUACUAGCUUAUUCAGUGUACAUGAUGAUAGUAUCAGAGGAGAUGCCACAUGCUUCUGAAACCCCGUUGGCUUCAAAGUUUUUUGCAGUCAUCAUGGUGCAGCAAGCCAUUUCUCUUGUAGUCACAUGCUUCAUCAUAAGAUUUCACAACAACGACACUCCAGUGCCCAAGUUGRUUGCUGUYUUAGUGAACAAAUGGCYGGCACGYUUACUUUUGAUGAGAGCCGAGAGAAGAUCCAUUGCAUCUUGCAAGGCUGCAAACGAUUACCCAAUUUCAUCCUUUCUAAACAGUGAUUUUAGGAAAGAAGAUGGCGACCAAAAGAAUGUCAAUGAGCGCGAAUCUACACCAAGGAAUGUAGAUUUACAACCAGUUAAAGAAAACAGAGCACAUGCAGAACUGGAAAAGGUGAAGAAAGAGGUCAAAGUCGUCGCCGAUCAUUUUCGUAACCAAAAUACAAAGGAAGYACUUCAAGAUGAUUGGAUUUUCGCUACACAAGUUAUUGAUAGGUUUUGGUCUAUUGUUUUAGCAGUCACCUCCCUUAUUUGCGCGAUAAUCAUACUCUUAUACCAAUAUGAGGUACUGGAAUGACUACACAGUUUCACACAACUGCCUUCAAAAGCAAGUAAAUGCACUACCUGAUGAAAGCCCGAAAAGCAGAUGCGAAAGACUUUCGAAAUGGGAAGCAGAUAGAAGAACAGUAGAUUUCAUGACACUCACCACAGAAUUUCAUUAAUAGG